AAGAUGGCGAGGUGCUAGGCAGAGCGAGUGGAUUUCCCUUCUGAUCAGUGGAUGAGGAGGGUAACCUGUGUCAAAAAUGGCUGAUAUAACCAAGACAGAAGAACAGGAAGUAGAGAAGAGUUUGGAUGAAGAAGCAGAGAAAAUGCCUCAUACUUCAGAGGCAGAUGUAGGUGUUGGUGGGGAAGGCAAUGAUGGUUCAUCUUUGGGUGCAGUACCCUCCACUGAAAGCGAAAAAGAAGUUGACAGUGGUAAUCAGGACGGCAGUGCAAAAAGGAAGAAUUUAGAUCCGGAAGAUGAACCUGAUAAAAGACUUCAGGCAGGCCAUGGGCAAGCUGUAGCUGCACAUUAUAAUGAGCUUCAAGAGGUUGGAUUGGAAAAACGCAGCCAGUCUCGCAUAUUCUACCUCCGAAACUUUAAUAAUUGGACAAAGAGUGUCCUCAUUGGUGAAUUCAUAGACCGGGUACGACGGAAGAAGAAUGAUAUUACUGUUUUGGAUCUAGGAUGUGGCAAAGGUGGAGACUUGCUGAAAUGGAAGAAAGGCAGAAUUAAAAAACUUGUUUGUACUGAUAUUGCUGACAUUUCUGUGCAGCAGUGCAAGCAGAGAUACGAAGACAUGAAAGCCCGAUGCCGUUACAACGAACAUAUUUUUGAUGCAGAGUUUAUACAGGCAGACAGUACCAAGGAUCUCUUGUCUUCCAAAUACAACGACCCAGAUAUGCGCUUUGACAUUUGCAGCUGUCAGUUUGUUUACCAUUACUCAUUUGAGACUUAUGAACAGGCUGACAUGAUGCUUAAAAAUGCUUGUGGCAACCUCUCUCCUGGAGGUUAUUUCAUUGGCACAACUCCAAACAGCUUUGAACUUGUAAAGAGACUUGAAGCUUCUGAAACAAAUUCCUUUGGCAAUGAUGUGUACAGUGUAAAAUUUGAAAAGAAGGGAGAGUAUCCCUUGUUUGGCUGCAAGUAUGAUUUUCACCUGGAAGAAGUGGUUGAUGUCCCUGAGUUCUUGGUUUACUUUCCAUUACUGGAAGAAAUGGCGAAGAAGCACGGUAUGAAAUUAGUCUACAAAAUGACAUUUCGGGAAUUCUAUGAAGAAAAAGUCAAGAACUAUGAGCAUAAAAUGUUGCUAAAGAGAAUGCAGGCCUUGGAGCCAUAUUCUGCAUCUGGUGAUUCCAGGCUUGUUUCUGAUAAACCUGACGAUUAUGAGCAUGCAAAAGAGUUCAUCAAAGAUAGCAAGGCAAAGUUACCAUUGGGAACCUUGAGUAAAUCUGAAUGGGAAGCAACAAGUAUUUACUUGGUAUUUGCAUUUGAGAAGCAGCAGUGAAACCUCAUGUACUGGAUGCAGCAAGAAGAGAUCAUAUCCAUGUGCAAGUUGGAAUGGUCAGAAAUCCAUUGUGGCAACUAUUUUUUUAUUUUUUAAUUUUUAGAAGUGUGCAGGACACUACCAAAACCAAGAGCAAGCUCAUGAUUCUGAGUUGCAUUGCCUGUCUGUGACAGAUGGACUCGUGUGUGUGUGUGUGUGUGUAUAUAAGAAAGAUUCUGAUCCAGUCUUUUUAAGCAUUUGUAAGCAAUCUGCAUGCUCCCCAAACCCAGCUUUGAAUGUGACACAACUUCAUGUUAGAAAUGUUUUGUUAGUAGGAGUAUGUUUGUGAUUACAAGCCUGACCCUGCACCUCCUGAAACUGAUGGGGAAAUAGUUGUUGAUGUUGGUAGUGCAGAAUGAGGGCCUCAAUGUUGUCACUGCAGAGCUCAGUUAGUUCAUCAUAAGACAUCCGCAGACCGUGUAGGGUAUGUCUACAUUGCAUGCAGAGCAAGUAACACCCAGGUCAGUCUUGAGUACCUCUGUGCUGUGCUCAAGCCUGCAGUGCAAAUCUACCUUAGUGGUAUCCAAGGUAUAGUUUAUGUGGUAAAGUCCCACAUGGUUCCGGGUUUGGUUUGUUUGUUUUUUUUUUGUGCUUGUUGAUAUGUAGUGUCUUUUCAUUGUGCUUUUAAGAUUAAA